AUGGGCCGAAAAGUACAAAGGUCAAUUGUACAUCUGGUCUUCUUUCUCUGCAUUCUCUUUUUCAUCCUUUACCUAAACCGGCCGCAAUCUACCAAAGACAAACUCUUUGCCUGGACAAAAAUUCGCUACAAAACAACCUCAUCCAUUAUCCCGGAAGCGCGCGGAAUCUGCCCCGGUCUAGCAAAAACAACCAAACCUGCCCUGAUAGUCUCACAUGUCUCCACAGACGGCGACCCGUCCUGGCUAGAACCCCUCCGCACCCAAUACCAUGUGUGCAUAUAUCAAGUGGACGCGCCAGCAGACAAAACCUCCAAGCUGCUCCAAGUCCCCGCAAACCGCGGACAUGAAGCAAUGGCUUACUUAACCUUUCUGAUCGACAACUACGCGGAUAUACCAUCCGCCGGCGCCGUCUUUGUACACGGCAGCCGCUGGGCUUGGCACAAUGACAUCCCAGACUACGACAACGCCGCGCUCCUACGCAGCUUGGACAUCCGCGCCGCGCUGAAUCCAUCUGGGUACAGCAACCUGCGCUGCGACUGGAGCGCCGGCACGUGUCCUUUUUCUGUGCCAGCGCAAGGCAGUCUCGAGAUGAGACUGUCGAGCGUUGUGUCGCCGUGGAGUCCGCGGUCGGCAUCGGAUAUAGCACUACCAAAGGCGCUUGGCCAUAUCUUUGGCGGGGAUGCUGACGUACGUGUCGAAGAGAUUCGCAAUACUUUUCAUCUUCACCUUGGUCGGAAUGAUGCCGUGCGCGCGCAGUGCUGUGCGCAGUUUGUUGUUUCCCGUGACCGAAUCUGGCAACAUGGGCGGGACGAGUAUAUAGCACUUCGGCAGUGGCUGCUGGAUGGGAGCGAUGAUGGGGUUGCUCGCAAUGCGCAGCGGGGGUCUAGGGCUGCGCCUGGGGAUGACCGUGUGGCUGGUCGGAUUGUUUCGUACCUUUGGCACAUUCUUUUUGCGAGCUAUGGGGAUAAGGGAGGCAUUGAUCUUGAUCAGUUGAAUCGCGAUUCUUGUCCCAGUGCUUCCGAGUGCUAUUGUCGGUUGUAUGGCAAGUGUGAUUUGAAUUGUCGGGGUCCGGGAAGCUGUAAAGGGCAAUAUGCUGUGCCGAAGGACUACAAGCUCCCUGAGGAUUGGGAGAAGACGCAUUCAUGA